AAAUAUAUAUGUUCAUUGCUUCUGUCAAAGUAAUAGCAUUUCCAGUAAACAUAUAUUACGACGUCUAAAUUUGGCUAUAAUUACAUGUAAUCUAGCAUCAACCCCUCAGACGUGGUGGCUUGGAAGUUCUGACUUCAGUCCCGGGAAGAACAGGGCAAAUAUGCAAACAAAGUUAUGGUGGCUGAUUGGAAACUGUUUACGUGGUUUGUACCGGGAUGCUUACAAAUUCAAUAACUCAAGCUGAGUUCUUGCCAAAAGUUGUGUUGCAGAUCUGAAGGAAAAAUAAACAAUAGAUGGAUAUAUAUGCUGGUAAAAGAGCUGUUGAUAGGAAUGUGGUCUCUAGAAAGGGAGCGCCUCAUUUAUUCAGAAAUGCUGUUAAUACAAAGGAUCAAAGUGGUCAGUUGUGCAGCCGACCUAAUUGUAGUAGCAGGAUUCACUCUUCUAUAGUUGCUGAGAAUGUUUCCUGUAGAAAAGGUAAAUCUUUGAGGCCGUCAACCCAAUCCUCUUUAAGUGGCAAGGAAGCAAUUGGAAGAUCCUGUAGAAGUUUCUCAGGAACUAGUAAUCCAAGGAAGUCCCUUAAUGUGCCUCGGCAAACACUAUCCUCAAGGUUAGAGACAGAUUCAUCUGAAACUAGCAGCAUAAAGGAUGAAGCUGAAAGCCCUCCAUCUGCUACUUAUCAAAGUCGGCUUCAAGCUGAGCAAGGACAUGCAGAGUCUGAUAACGUGAUGCUGAUGGAAGUAGCAAGCACUAGUGGAGUUUCGAAAACAAGGUCCCAAAGGAAUCUUCGUCAACCUGGAUUGCAUGGUCAGGAAACUAAAAGCAUUGGCUCAGUGACACGUGCUGGUACCAGCCGAUAUAAUUUGAGGAACACCAAGUGCAACUCAGUAAAUGAUGUCAGCUCCACAAGUUGUUCCUCUUCAGAUUCAAUCAUGAGUGGAGGGAAGGAUAUGGUGAAGAGAAGAAAUUAUGAAAGGGAAAAUAGUUCCACUGCCAGGGGGAAGAAGUCGAGUGGGUCUUUAUUGGAAAGACAGAAUUCUGGUUCUGGAAGUGGCAUAUCUAUUUAUGAUCCAAGAAGAUCAAGAAAUACUCCUCCUCACAGGGACAACAUUGCAUCAGUUAGAACUCGAAGGUCUAUGGGAGGUAAUGCUAGGGAAAGGCUUCCAAGCCAUGGAAAUGCACACUCUAUGCAGCCCAAUGAAUCCCCUGCUUUGAGACCAUCUGUGUCUCGUGAACUUGUCUUCCCACAUCAUACUUCUGCAGAGGCUCCUUUAAUUCAAUCGAGCUCCCAUGGUAGACCAGGUUCAAGAAGCGGGCAGCCUGCAUCUCCUGCAGAAUUUGACAUCACUUAUCCUCUGACAAAUCGAAGUAGACAACAGCACCAAAACAGUGUUGCUGAGGUACUAUUCGCACUUGAGAGGAUUGAACAAGAUGAAGAGCUGACAGAGGAGGAAAUUCGUUUUCUAGAGACCAAUUUCCUCCUUAAUGGACUAUACUCGUAUGAUCAGCAUAGAGACAUGCGUAUGGAUAUUGAUAAUAUGUCAUAUGAGGAACUAUUAGCCCUGGAAGAAAGGAUGGGUACUGUGAGCACAGCUUUAACAGAGGAAGCACUGUCAGAAUGCCUUAAAAGAAGCAUCUAUCAGCCUACACCUUCGGAUGAUGACGAUGAGAGUAGCAGUAUUAUUAAUGACGAUAUCAAAUGCAGCAUCUGCCAGGAUGAAUAUGUGGCUGGAGAUGAAGUGGGGAGCCUGCAUUGUGAGCAUGGAUAUCAUGUGGGCUGCAUACAACAAUGGCUUCGCCACAAGAACUGGUGUCCUAUCUGCAAAGCAUCAGCAGUACCUUCAGAUUCAUCUGUUGCCUCUGAUCAGGCCUGACCAGUAGCUGGGAUAGUUAUUUUCUUCAACUUAUAGCUCCCCCUCCUCUCUCAUCCUAUUUGCUUUUUGUACAAAUUAGAGCUGUUACUUGUAAUUUCUUAUUGGUCAUUUUGUACAUAGCCAUUAUCUUCAUCCUGGUCAGUGACACAAGGCGCUGGCUUGACUGUGGAACUUCUCAAGUGUCCCAUCUGCAUAAAGCUUCGUUUGAACUACCUGUCCCCCUCCUUUAUCUAGUUUCUGCAGUGGAAAGGAUUUCAUAUUCAUUUUUAAACUUGAAAUUACCCCCAGUAAUAAUGAACAUUCCAUCUUUUGGCAUGCA